AUGACUGCUCAUUCUACCACGAGUAAUGGUUCUCAGAAUGGAAAAAAUGAAUUUGACGAACAACAUAUAACUUCAUAUACAAGUUCAUCAGAUGAACAACGACAUCAUCAGGAUGAAGAGGAUAAUUAUCAUCUUUCUACAGAUUCGGGUUCAAUACUUAAAGAAAUUAGUUCUUUAGAGUCUCAUGAUUCAGAUUUUACAAUACUUUCAACAGGUGAAUAUAAAAUUAAUAGAAAUAUUCCAAGAACUUAUCUAAAUAAAGAUGAUAUUGAAAAAGUUACACAAUCUGAUAUUUUCCCACAAAGAAGAUUAUUUAGUUUUUUGCAUAGUAAAAAAAUUCCAGAUGUACCAAUUAAUGAUGAUGAAAGAAAAAUUUAUCCUUUAUUUCAUACAAACUUAUUAUCAAAUUUUUUCCUUUGGUGGGUUGUACCAAUUAUUAAAAUAGGUUAUAAAAGAACAGUUCAACCAAAUGAUUUAUUUAAAAUGGAUCAAAGAAUGGCUAUUGAAACAAUUUAUAAAGAUUUUGAUAAAAAUUUAAAUUGGUAUUUUAAUAAAGCAAGAAAAAAUUAUUCAAAUUUACAUCCAGAGGCAAAUGAACAAGAAAUUAGAGAUAAGACAAGAUUACCAAAAUUAACAAUUUUAAAAGUUUUAUUUUUCACUUUUAAGAGACAAUUUUUAUUUUCUUGUUUAAUGGCUAUCUUAGCAAACUGUACUUCAGGGUUUAAUCCAAUGAUUACUAAAAGAUUAAUUGCAUUUGUUGAAAAGAAAGCAUUAUUUCAUGAUACAAAAGUUAAUGCAGGUAUUGGUUACGCUAUUGGUGCGUGUGCAAUGAUGUUCUUUAAUGGUGUACUAUUUAAUCAUUUUUUCCAUUCAUCACAAUUAACUGGUUCACAAGCUAAAUCAUUACUUACAAAGGCUGCUCUUGAUAAAAUGUUUAGAAUAUCAAAUUAUUCUAAACACAAAUAUCCAAAUGGUAAAGUUACAUCCUUUAUUACAACUGAUUUAGCAAGGGUAGAAUUUGCUUUAUCAUUUCAACCAUUUUUAAUUGGUUUCCCAGCAAUUUUCGCAAUUGCAAUCGUUCUUUUAAUUGUUAAUUUAGGUGCGAUUGCUUUAGUGGGUAUUGGUUUAUUCAUUGUUAUCUUAAUAGUGACAAUGGUUGUCUUUAAAUCUAUUAUUAAAUAUAGAGUCACAGCUAAUAAAUUUACAGAUGCAAGAGUUGGUAAAAUGAGAGAAAUUUUAAAUAAUAUGAAAAUGGUUAAAUAUUAUGCUUGGGAAGAUGCUUAUGAAAGUAAUGUUCAAGAUAUUAGAUCUUCAGAGAUUGAAAAUGUUAGAAAAAUGCAAUAUACUAGAAAUUUUAUGAUUGCUUUAGCAAUGUCCUUACCAAAUAUUGCAUCAUUGGUUACAUUUUUAGCAAUGUAUAAAGUUAACAAUAUGGGUAGAACACCAAGUAAUGUUUUUUCCUCUUUAUCAUUGUUUCAAGUGUUAAGUAUUCAAAUGUUUUUCUUUCCAAUCGCUUUAAGUACUGGUAUUGAUAUGAUUAUUGGUCUGGGACGUUUACAAGAGUUAUUAGAAACUGCAGAAGAAGAUCCAAAAUCAAGAGAAGAAUUAAAACCUUCUGCUGAUUUAGAUCCAAGCAUAGCCAUUAAAGUAGAAAAUGCUUCAUUUGAAUGGGAGGAUUAUGAAUUAUUAGAUGCAGAAGAAAAGAAAAGAAUUGAAUCAGAAGAGACAGAUAAACAAAGAAUGAAAAGAUUAAAAGCAGAAGCUAAACUCAAUAAAGAUAAAAAAACAAUCGAAUCAAAAUCUAAGGAAAAUUCAAAGAGUAAUGGUAAUAUAGAUGAUACAGAUAAAGUAAAAACUUUUACAAAAUUUACUGAUUUGAAUUUUGAAAUUAAAAAGGGAGAAUUUGUUAUGAUUACAGGUCCAAUCGGGACAGGUAAGACUUCCUUAUUAAAUGCAUUGGCUGGUUCUAUGAAAAAGACUGGCGGUAGAAUACAAAUUAAUGGUCAUCUUUUAAUGGGUGGUUACCCAUGGAUCCAAAAUGCUACCGUUAAGAACAACAUUCUAUUUGGUUCCCCAUUCCACAAGGAAAGAUACGAAACAAUUUUAAGAGUAUGUUCAUUAGAAGAUGAUUUAAAGAUCUUACCAGCUGGUGAUGAAACUGAAAUUGGUGAACGUGGUAUUAACUUAUCUGGUGGUCAAAAGGCUCGUAUCAAUCUUGCAAGAUCUGUUUAUAGAAUGGAAGAUAUAUUUUUGUUUGAUGAUGUCUUAAGUGCUGUUGAUGCCCGUGUUGGUAAGUUAAUCAUGGAUGAAUGUCUUUGUGGAUUAUUACAUAACAAAACCAGAGUCUUGGCUACACAUCAAUUGUCAUUAAUUGAAAAGGCUGAUAAGAUUAUUGUCCUGGGGACUGACGGUUCUUUUGAAAUGGGUCCUGUGGCUGAGAUGAAGAAAACAAGUCAAACUUUAAUUAAUUUAUUACAAUUUGCAACCGAAUCCAAAAAAGAUGAAGAAAAUAAUGAAGAUCAAAAGGUUGAUGAUGAAGCUCAAGAAGCUGAAGAAAAGGAUAGACUUCAAAAAGAAGUCACUAACAAAGCAAACGAAGAUGGUCAUCUAACUUCUAAGGAAGAAAGAGCUGUGAAUAGUAUCAAGUUAGGAAUCUAUAAAGAAUAUUUGAGUGCUGGUAUUGGUAAAUGGGGAGCUGUUGCAAUUCCACUAUACAUUCUACUAAUUACAGCAACUACAUUUUGCACAUUAUUUUCAUCAGUUUGGCUUUCAUAUUGGACUGAAAAUAAAUUCAAGGAAAGAUCAACAAGUUUUUACAUGGGUCUAUACUCAUUUUUUGUUUUUGGUAGUUAUAUCUUCAUGUCAAUGCAAUUUACGCUUGUUUGUCAUAUCGGGGUAUUGGCUUCUAAAUGGUUAAAUCUAAGAGCGGUACAUCGUAUUCUCCAUGCUCCAAUGAGUUACCUAGAUACUACACCUCUUGGCCGUAUUUUGAAUCGUUUUACAAAGGAUACCGAUAGUUUAGAUAACGAACUAACUGAAAGUGUACGUCUACUGUUAUAUCAAACUGGUAAUAUUAUUGGUGUUUGUGUUAUGUGUAUUGUCUACCUUCCAUGGUUCGCAAUUGCUAUUCCAUUUUUAUUAUUAAUCUUUAUUUUCAUUGCGGACCAUUACCAAAGUUCAGGUAGAGAAAUUAAAAGACUGGAAGCUAUUCAGCGUUCAUUUGUAUACAAUAACCUAAAUGAAGUCCUAGGUGGUAUGGAAACAAUUAAAUACUACAGAUCAGAAGAAAGAUUCCUAGCCAAAUCUGAUUUCCUUAUUAACAAAAUGAACGAAGCAGGUUAUUUAAGUAUUGCUGUUCAAAGAUGGGUUGCUAUUUUCUUAGAUAUUAUAGCGGUAGCAUUUGCCUUAAUUAUUACCCUUCUUUGUGUCACAAGAGCGUUCCCAAUUAGUGCAGCUUCUGUCGGUGUCUUGUUGACGUAUGUUUUACAGCUACCAGGUUUACUGAAUACUGUUCUAAGAGCUUUAACACAAACUGAAAAUGAUAUGAACAGUGCAGAGAGAAUGGUUACAUAUGCUACACAACUACCUAUGGAAGCAGCUUAUAAGAAACCAGAGAUGUCUCCACCGGAUUCAUGGCCUAACAAAGGUGAAAUAGAGUUCCAAGAUGUCGAUUUUGCAUAUAGACCAGGUCUACCAAUUGUUCUAAAGAACGUAAAUAUGUCAAUAUCUAGCGGCGAGAAAAUUGGUAUCUGUGGUCGUACAGGUGCAGGUAAAUCUACAAUUAUGAGUGCAUUAUAUAGACUAAAUGAACUGGAUAGUGGUAAGAUUAUUAUUGAUGGUACAGAUAUUUCACAAAUUGGUUUAUAUGAUUUGCGUAGGAAACUUGCAAUUAUCCCCCAAGACCCUGUCUUAUUCAAGGGUACUAUUAGAAAGAAUUUAGAUCCAUUUAAUGAACACCCAGAAGAACUACUAUGGGAUGCACUUGUCAGAGGUGGUGCUAUUGAAAAAGAAGAGCUCCAAAAAGUUAAAAAUGAAAAGGAAAAUGAUAAAGGGACCCACAUCGACAUGCAUAAGUUCCACUUGGAUCAAAUCGUCGAAGAAGAAGGUGCUAAUUUCUCACUAGGUGAAAGACAAAUCUUGGCAUUAACAAGAGCACUUGUACGCCAAGCUAAGAUUUUAAUUUUGGAUGAAGCGACCUCUUCAGUUGAUUACGAAACCGACGGUAAAAUUCAAGCACGUAUCGUAGAAGAAUUUGGUGAUUGUACUAUUUUGUGUAUUGCCCAUAGACUGAAGACAAUUUUAUCAUAUGAUAGAAUUUUGGUUCUGGAGAAGGGUGAAAUCGCCGAAUUUGAUACACCAUGGAAACUUUUCAAUAACGAAGAAACAAUUUUCAGAAGUAUGUGUGGCAGAUCAGGUAUCACUGAAUCUGAUUUUAGUAGGAAAGAUUAA